AUGAACUACGAAUCAUUAAUCAAAGACUUAAACAAUUCAUUACCAAAAUCUAACGGUGGUGAUAUUCCAUUGAAUGCUGAAAUUUCUUAUCAAUACCCUGUCCCUGAAGGUGUCCCAGGUCAAGCUUUAGAUUUACUGGAAUCCACUCCUAAGAUUUUCACCCCUUUGAAAAUCGGAAGUUUGACUAUUCCUAACAGAAUCGGAGUUUCACCAAUGGCUCAAUACUCCGCUGAUCAUGGUUCAGCUACCGAUUAUCACAAAGUCCAUUAUGGUGCUUUCGCUCAAAGAGCACCAGGUUUGAUUGUUGUUGAAUCAACUUCUGUCCAAGAGUUUGGUAGAGCUUCUGCUUAUGAUCUUGGAUUAUGGAAUGAUAAACUUGCCGAAAGCUUCAAACCUCUUACUGAAUUCGUUCAUGCCCAAGCCGGUAGAAUUGGAAUCCAAUUGAAUCAUUCAGGAAGAAAGUCUUUAGCUGUACCUUACUAUAUUUCCUUCGAAAAAUUUGAUGACAACUUCGAUAAAUCUAAACUUAUCGGUCCUUCACCUAUCGAGUACAGAAAAAAUGGUAGAAUCCCAGUUCCUAAAGAAUUGACUGUUCCUGAAAUCAAAGACCUCGUAAAGUCCUUUGGUUCUGCUGCUAAAAGAGCUGCUACCAUUUCAAAUUUUGAUUUCGUGGAAAUUCAUGGUGCCCAUGGUUACAUCAUUUCUGAAUUUUUAUCCAAAAUUUCCAAUCAAAGAACUGACCAAUAUGGUGGAUCUUUCGAGAAUAGAACAAGAUUUUUAGUUGAAGUGGUUGAUGAAAUCAAAUCACAAGUUCCACCAAAUUUCCCAAUUUUCAUAAGAAUCCAUGGUUCAGAUUUACAUGAAGGGGCCCCAAAUGCUUGGACUGAUGACGAUGCAGCUAAAUUGGCUGAUUUGAUUGCCGAUAAAGUCGACUUAAUCGAUGUCUCUGCUGGUGGUAAUGAUGCUAAUGCUGAUAGAUCUUCUGCCACUUUUGGUCCUUAUGUCCCAAUUGCUGAAAAGGUCAAGAAAGCUGUGGGUAAUAGAACUCUUGUGUCAACCGUUUGUAAAUUACAUGAACCAGAAAAGGUCAACAGAUUAAUUGAAGAUGGUAUCAUUGAUAUGGCUUUUGUGGGAUCACCAUUCAUUGCAAACCCUGGUUUAGUUUAUGAAUGGGCUGAUAAACUUGGUGUUAAAACCCAUUCAAUUAGAUCCCAUUUUGUCAGAAAUCCUCCAUUUCAAGAAAUGAUGGAAUAUGUCAAGUCCACCUUCAAAUAA